CAUUCGCAAGUUGUGUCUAUCGAUCCAAGGCGAUUUGGGCUAAGCUAGAAUCUGUCACCUCAAACUUAUUUUUAUACGUAGGUUUUAGCUGUCACAGAGUUGACGAAUACUUAUUGGCUGUAUGUCUUUGGAAUCACCGUGGAGCGAUCGUUUGGCAACGAGCAAGUUGACGGCCCCUGAGGGAUGAGCCAAAUCCCAAAAUAUGUAGUUGCUUCAACCUGUUCUUCAUUAUUACUCCUAAAACAAAAUCGAAAAUUACUCGAAAAAAUCUCUUCCAUUUUUUCUCGAUUCCUUUCUUCUCCACCGAUUAACACCUUCAGUUUUAUUGAGAUCUCUUCCCUAACAUUUGGGUAAAAUCAAAAUCAGCUGACUCAUAUGAUGGUUCACUUCUAGAUCGUCAAUUCUCUGAUCUUGGCGCAUGUAGUGUUGUCAAUCAAGGCUACAAGAGACUGCUGCAAGAUCUGUUUGAGGUUUCUGAGGGAUGCAGUUCUUUGGAGGUUCCGAGGUCAGUCCAUCACCUCCCAUACCCAGUGGUGCUGGGAACCGUGCUCACAUGAUGUACGUGUUCAAUAGGAAUGGUGUGUGUUUGCUCUAUAGAGAGUGGAGUAGACCUCUCAGAACCCUUAGUUCCCAACAAGAUCACAAGCUCAUGUUCGGACUUCUUUUCUCACUCAAAUCUUUUACUGCAAAGAUGGAUCCUUCAAGUGUUGAGAAAGGAAACCUUGGGGUGCCUCAAUUACCAGGUCAAGGAUGUUCAUUCCAUAGCUUCAGUACAAACUCCUACAAAUUAAGUUUAAUGGAAACCCCUUCAGGGAUAAAGAUAAUAUUGGUUACAAAUCCAAAAACUGGUGAUUUACGGGAAUCCCUAAAGCACAUUUAUAGUUUGUAUGUGGAGUAUGUUGUCAAGAAUCCCCUCUAUAGUCCAGGGACUCAAAUUAGGAACAACUACAGUUGACUAGAAUGUGAAGCACUACAGAGUACAGACCAGCUUCCCUUAUUGGUACAAGCAAACAGUAAUAACAGGUCCAUGUGGGAUACUAGUGUUACCCGAUUCAAUACUAGUAUGGAAAUCAAGAGAGAGUGAAUGGAAGAGUGUGUUCUACUCAGAGGGUAAACCCCUCACUUUAUACAUUAGCUUUGUACAGUUACAACUAUACCCUCACAGGGAGAAAAUAUGUAAACACUGUUCACAAAUCACUGUACACUAAUCCUACCCUGCGCUAUCUCAUGUAUUCUGAGUCCUGACCAUGAAACUCAUAUUUCAACAAUGAGAUGUAGUUUAUGUAAAACACUGAGGCUGAAUUAUGUAAAACACUGAGGCUGAAUUUUCUAAUAUAGGCACACGGAAGCUCAUAUAUACUCGAAAAUGGCGGCU